AUGGACACGUGCGCAGGAGCCCCCGGCGGCCGCUCCGAGCGGCCCGUGGACGCGGGGGUGGGCGCCGAGAGCCCCUGUGUCUGCAGGGGAGGCGGUCUCGCGGCCGGAGGGUGCGGGUCAUCCCCCAGCUCAGAGAUCUUCAGCGCCCGCGCCCUCCGCGUCCGGUGUGACGGCCGGCCUUCCCCUUUCCUCGCUAGCUCCGGGCCCCAGAACUGCGCCGCCUGCGUUCACGAGGGCAUAUAUGAGGAAGGCGUCUCUAUUUUGGAAAGCGGUUCGGCUUUCCCAGACAACGCUGCGCGCAGGGAGGUGGAGAGCCUGCCGGCUGUCUGUCCCAGUGACGGCUGCACCUGGAAGGGGACCCUUAAAGAGUACGAGAGCUGCCAUGAAGGACGCUGCCCGUUCACGCUGACCGAGUGCCCAGCGUGCAAAGGCCUGGUCCGCCUUGGGGAGAAGGAGCGUCACUCGGAGCACGAGUGCCCGGAGAGAAGCCUCAGCUGCCGGCACUGCCGGGCGCCCUGCUGCUGGGCGGACAUGAAGGCGCAUCACGAAGUCUGUCCCAAGUUCCCCUUGACUUGCGACGGCUGCGGCAAGAAGAAGAUCUCACGGGAGAAAUUCCAGGACCAUGUCAGGGCGUGCGGCAAGUGCCGGGCCCCGUGCAGGUUCCAUGUCGUCGGCUGCCCCGAGUUGGUGGAGAGCGAGAAGCAGCAGCAACACGAGGCCCACUGGCUCCGGGAGCACUUGGCCAUGCUGCUGGGUGGCCUCCUGGAGGCCAAGCCCCUCUCUGGGGCAGGGGGCCACUUCCUGAGCCAGAGCGAGGUGGGGGGCUGGGAAGCCAGCACGCUGCACCCCGAGGCGGGGCUCCCCAAGGCUGCGGAGCUGCAGCAGCGGUGCGAGGCCCUGGAGAGGAAGACCGCCACCUUUGAGAACAUCGUCUGCGUCCUGAACCGAGAGGUAGAGAGGGUGGCCAUGACCGCCGAGGCCUGUGGCCGGCAGCACCGGCUGGACCAGGACAGGAUCGAGGCCCUGAGUAACAAGGUACAGCAGCUGGAGAGGAGCAUCAGUCUGAAGGACCUGGCAAUGGCGGAGCUAGAGCAGAAGGUCCAUGAGAUGGAGGCGACCACGUUCGACGGCGUGUUCGUCUGGAAGAUCUCUGACUUCGCCAGGAAGCGGCAGGAGGCCGUGGCUGGCCGCACGCCCGCCAUCUUCUCCCCAGCCUUCUACACGAGCAGGUACGGCUACAAGAUGUGUCUGCGCAUCUACUUGAACGGAGACGGCACCGGGCGCGGGACACACCUGUCGCUCUUCUUUGUGGUGAUGAAGGGCCCCCACGACGCGCUCCUGCGCUGGCCCUUCAACCAGAAGGUCACGUUAAUGCUGCUUGACCAGAACAACCGGGAGCACGUGAUUGACGCCUUUAGACCCGACGUGACCUCGUCCUCUUUCCAGAGGCCAGUCAGUGACAUGAACAUUGCCAGUGGCUGCCCCCUCUUCUGCCCUGUCUCCAAGAUGGAGGCCAAGAACUCCUACGUGCGCGAUGAUGCCAUCUUUAUCAAAGCCAUCGUGGACCUGACGGGGCUCUAGCUGCCUCUCCCCAGGGUCGGGUGGGGGGUCAGGAACCGCGGGGCUGGCAGC